AUGACAAUCUCCUAUACUGAUGAGAAGCAUCAAAAAGAUCCGUCUGUGACUGAGUACGAGGAUGAGAUCCAGCUUGGUACCGUCCUUUCCGAAUCAGGCCAAGAGUUUGAAAUCCAUGGUAAUUUGAAAGAAAUGGAUCAGGCUCUGGAGCUUGCUAUGAAUAACGACGAUUUCAUUUUCACCGAAGAAGAAGACACUAAGCUGCUUCGCAAAAUCGACCUUGUUCUUAUGCCUUUUGUUUCGUUUCUUUAUUCAUUAUUUUACAUCGACAAAGCUUCCAAUGGAUGGGCAGCAGUUAUGGGUAUCAGAAAAGAUAUGAAUAUGAAGGGUAUAAUGUACAGCUGGACAGGUUCCGCUUUCUAUCUUGGCUACCUUGUAUAUCAGCCGCUUGCCUCCCUUUCACUCCAAAAGUUUCCUCUUGUGACCUGUUUCUCUGUUUAUAUGUUUUCUUGGGCUGUGAUAAUCUGUCUACAAGCAACAAAUCAUAGUUACCCAGCGUUCACCUUUUUGCGGACACUAUUAGGAUGUUCUGAAGCAUCUGCUUCAGUUUUCACUACACUUUUGACCUCCCAGUACUACAGGAAAAAGGAAGCAUUCCUUAGGGUAUCCUUCUGGCUUGCAACUUCCGGAUUUGGUGUUUUUUUUGGGAACAUGAUGGCUUAUGGUAUUGCCAUUAGAAGCGAAAGUUUUUCUAUUGCUGCUUGGAAGGUCCUGUUUAUUGUAAUUGGGUUGAUCUCUUUUGUCGUUGCUGUUAUUCUUCAUUUCCAUGUUCCAAACACACCCGCUACCGCUUGGUUUUUGAAUGAAAGGGAGAAAAGGAUUGUUGUUGAAAGAAUAAGAGAAAACUACCAAGGUUUUGGUACAAAGGUCUGGAAAAAGCAUCAAUUUUUUGAGGCAGUACUAGAUAUCAAAACUUGGGUGUUUUUCAUUUACGCAGUGGCUUUCAAUAUUCCAAAUUCAGCCUUAGCCUCCUUUGGUUCUAUUCUUUUAAGCACUGAUUUUGGCUACUCAAGUACCGAUGCUUUACUUUAUGGUGCCCCACAGGGUGUUGUUGAGUUUCUGUGUCUACCUGCUAUUGCUUAUGCCAUUCAAAAGUUUAACCUGCCUAGGUUGUUGAGCACGGCAGUCGUGAUUACCAUUUGUAUCACCUUUGCUUGCAUGUUGGCCUUCGGAAAGAAUAGUGGAACCAAAUUGGCAGGUUAUUAUCUUCUUUAUUUGAUGCAAAUUGGGCCAAUUGGUAGCUUUUCCUACUUUGCGUCAAAUGUUCCCGGUUACACCAAAAAGAUUACAGUUACUUCCGUUUAUCUCGUUGGUUACUGUGUUGGUUCUUUAGUUGGACCUCAAACCUUUGCCACCAAGGAUGCCCCUCAUUAUACUCCAGCAAAAAUAGCAAUUGUUGUGUGCAUUUGUGUUGCAGCUGGCUGUUUCUACACUCUAUGGCUUAUAUGUUAUAUGGAAAAUAAGGCCAGAGACAAAAAGGCAAUCGAUCUAGGUGAUAAAUACUGUGCUCCAAAAAAUAUUGAGUUUAGCGAUUUGACUUCAACAGAAAACAUCUACUUUAGAUAUACCCUUUAA